CGCGUGUGACAAAUAAAAUGUGAUUUGAUUCGAUGUUGUCUGGUGGGUAGACUGUAUGGCUUUUUUUUAUAACAUCUGCUCAAUGGUUGUGCUUAGGUAUGACACAAAGCAACGUGUUUAUCUCCUUGGCUACAGUGCAGGGCCCCAGAACACCCAUCUGUGAGAGAGAGCAUAGAAUCAUGGAGAUUUCACCUGUUCAAAUCUAAGCCUUUCAUGACUCAGACAAGGAAUAUUCAGUCAUGUCUCUCAGUUUAGAUUGUCCGUGAAAGCAGAGAUCUGUGCAACAGCUUGGAGAUUCAAGAUUAGAGAUCAUCUUUGUUGUGCACUUUCGUGAUUGAAAGGGAGCAAUUAAUGAGCUUGCCAUUGUGCAAUUCAAAGUUAUUUUCAAAAAAAAUCUGCUUGAUGUCCUAUGAAUUCCAAUUGGCUACGAGAACACAAAUUCAUGUGAGUUAUGUGGAAAUGUUCCCACACAGGUAUUCACAUAAACUAUGCUUCACCUGCCAACUAUAUAUGUUGUAUGUCUCUAUAAAAUAGGCUAUCAGGAGUAUUCCUUUAAAAAGUUAAAUGCAUGGAGAAUAUGAUCAUAUGAAGAGUGACGUCAGGCAGCAUCUUUAUAUAUUCAUCAUCUGUCCCUGACUGCCGCAACGGAAUUCUUGAGAACUUUGAGAAAGCAGCCAAACAUGAGCUGAACAUCGCAGAUCCCGUGAAGGCGAGGCUGAGGCUUCGCACGGAUUAGAGUCAAUGGCAGAUUACACCGUGCCUUUUGUAAGAGAUGCAGAUUUAUGGAUUUCGGCAGGUUUCCAAAGUCACUCAUCAUUAUCCAACGAACGGCAUAUUUUACCCAGACCAACGGAUUGAGGAAAACGAAGAAUGGGAUUGAGGAUAACGACUCCGUGGAGGUUUAAGUGUUUCGACAAAAUAUUAUGCAAUUAGUUAAUAUUACAGAUGCAAUCAUCCUACCACUCAAACUAUAUGAACUCAUUUAGGCGGGAUCAUUCUACUUUUUCCAAGAAAAUGGCUGAAAUCACUUUAUUCCAAAGUUAUCAAACAAUUGUUCAAUUGAAAACGAUGCAAAUUGUGCACAGGUAAUUUCUUGGAGGAACAUUUACCUGGUUUUCUGUCGUAUUGGGUUGUUGACAGAGGCAGAGUCCGUUUCCACAGGGAGACACCGCAGUCCAGGCGCAGCACAGAAGAAAAACAUGCAGUCCCUUGACCCAUGGAGAUAUGGCAUAUAGGUUGAUCUCAAACCGAAUCGUGCCAUCUUCAAAUAGGUUGAGCAAACGAUUUAUUUUUAUAUUCACCAUUUCAUUGUCCUUCACAUAUUUAUGCUACAGCAUACUGUUUUGUUGUGGUACAAUCAUGCCAACCCAGAGUUAUGAGGAAAAAAUGUGCCUCCAUCACAAGAACGUAGGAAGCAAAAAACUUCUGCAAAAAGAUUGCACCGCGGACAGGAGGACUGCUCUGGAUGAGACUUUAAACGUGGCACUCACUCACCAAGGAUCAAGUCAUGCUCGCAACCAAAGUAGAAAUUCUGCCUUGCCCAUCACUCACAAACGGAGUAUUGCCCCAUCCGAAUAUAAUAUUACUGUUGCACAGAAAUAUGGAAACAAAAAGUUACCUAACGCACUAAUCGUCGGGGUGAAGAAGGGCGGCACCAGGGCGGUGCUGGAGUUCAUUCGAAUUCAUCCAGAUGUACGCGCGCUUGGAACAGAGCCCCACUUUUUCGAUAGAAACUAUGACAGAGGAUUGGACUGGUACAGAGGACUAAUGCCACGGACUCUAGACAGCCAAAUCACCUUGGAGAAAACCCCCAGCUACUUUGUGACACGAGAGGCUCCCAGACGCAUCGCCAGUAUGUCCCCAAACACCAAGCUGAUUGUGGUGGUGCGUAACCCAGUCACCAGGGCCAUCUCAGACUACACACAGACCCUGUCCAAGAAGCCGGACAUCCCCACCUUCGAGGAGCUGGCCUUCCAGAACCGGAGCCAGGGUCUGGUAGACACCUCAUGGAACGCUAUCCGCAUAGGGAUGUACAUCCUCCACCUAGAGAACUGGCUGCAGUACUUUCGCCUUUCCCAGAUCCACUUUGUGAGCGGCGAGCGGCUGAUCACGGACCCGGCGGGGGAGCUGGGCCGAGUCCAGGACUUCUUGGGUCUCAAACGCAUCAUCACAGACAAGCACUUCUACUUUAACCGAACCAAAGGCUUCCCUUGCCUGAAGAAGCCAGAGAGCAGCAGCCAGCCCCGCUGCCUGGGCAAGUCAAAGGGUAGAACUCACGUGCAGAUCGACCGAGAGGUCAUUGAGCAGCUACGGGACUUUUAUAGGCCUUUUAAUAUCAAAUUCUAUGAGAUGGUGGGACAAGACUUUAGGUGGGAUUGAGAAUCGGAUUUUUAAAAAAGCAGGUGAUAUGUGUUUAUUGAAAUGAAUACCUCAGUGGAGUCAUUCGAAUGAGGACACCUUAAAGUGAAUCCAAUUUCUCUUCAUGUUUGAAUAUACAGUGCGAGUUUAACAAGGUGUACAUAAUCUGCCUUUAACUUUAAAACCUUUGAUAUAACUUCCUACUUUAACAUCAUGCUGGUUGUGUUAACCAAAUAAGAUAGAAACAUAUGCUGCCAUGCCAUUUAUUCUCACAAUUAGUAUUUGUCAUACACUAAAUUGUGUUUCUUCACAAAGGCCUGUUACUUUUAGAACACUGUACCAUGUCAAUCGUUCCAACUCAAUGGACAACAAUAAAGAGUAUAGAGACA